AGAGAGCAUGUGUGUGUGUGUGAGAGAAGGGGAGAGAGACAUCGCUGAAAUGGAGGUCACUUAAUAUGCAGAAAGGAAAAAAAAUAUGGUGCACUGACUAUGCUCAACACAAGAGGGCAGCAGAUUCUAACAUGUCUUAUAAAAAGGACAAAUCUGGCACCAAACAAGGAUUCAGCUGUCAACCAGUGGACUUGGGGAUGGAUUUAUUUCAACACAACUAACACAAAGCACUAAAUGAGGCUCACAGGCUGGCUAUCCACCUAACAUCAUCAAUUAUCCACAUUGAGAUAAAUUUGCUAUACAUUCAGUGAUUCAGUAUUAAAAUGUGGUCUCAGAUAGCAUUAGGUGUGAUUCUAUCCAUCCUCAUUUUGCUAACGGUGUGUGGAAACGUGCUGGUGUGUCUAGCUGUCAGCACAACCAGACGCCUACGCAGUGUCACCAACUGCUUCAUCGUGUCACUUGCCAUUACAGACCUUCUUCUGGGGGCUCUAGUUCUCCCUUUCUCCACUCUUAUUGAGGUGACUGGUGAUUGGCCGCUGGGAGCUCACUUUUGCAACAUCUACAUUUCGAUGGACGUCAUGCUGAGCACAGCCUCUAUUCUCAACCUCCUGGCCAUUAGCAUAGAUCGCUACAUUGCAGUCACAAUGCCUUUACGUUACCCAACACUUGUGCUUCCAUGGCAUGUUGGUACGUCAUUAGCGGUGAUUUGGUUGGUGUCCAUUGGUGUGUCAUUCGUACCUAUUCACCUGGGCUGGAAUACGGUGGACCAAACAGUGCAAAACCAUGGUAAGGAUGACCCUGCGGGAGACUGUCGCUUUGAGCUAAAUCCAACUUAUGUGCUGGUGGAUUCAUUAGCAACCUUUUAUCUCCCCCUGGUGGCAAUGUGUUGGACUUAUUACCGUGUGUUCCGCAUUGCACGGGCUCAGGCAAAGCGAAUUCUUUCCAGACAUCGAGCUUGCUCUUCAACUGCCAUGUCUUCAUUAUCAGGAGUAUCAGUGUUAGCACUACGUGAACAUAAAGCUGCAGUGAGAUUAGCAGUUCUGCUGGGUGCCUUUGUAGUUUGCUGGUUUCCCUAUUUUACAUUUUUCACCAUUAUGGGAAUACGAAAGGAGACAGAUCCUCCACGCACGGCAUACUCAGUGGUGCUGUGGCUGGGCUAUGUUAACUCAACGCUAAACCCGUUCCUUUAUGCUGCACUUAACAGGGACUUUAGGUCUGCUUAUGGCAGGCUGUUGUGUGGCUGGAGGGGUGUUAACACUCCAACAGGAACACCAAUCACUCUGCUCGAAGCAGGACUGUUGAAUGGACUUACACCUUCCAGCAGCGGGGCAGAUUUUACACCUGGAGCCUGUGUCAUGCUACAGGACAUGAGUAACUCCAUGAGAAACACAGACAGGAGCGGUGAAACAUCUCUCAGCAUUGUCACUGUUCUGUCCAAUGGCCACAACAGGUAUUGGAGACACAAAACUAAUGGACAACAAUUUGAAUACACGAUCCAGGGACCACUUUAUAAAUGUAUUUAAUUUUACUUAACAAAUGCAUCGUUCGUUUGUUACAAGGGUCCGAUGUUCAAUCAUCUUCUCUAUCUCUGUUUAUUUCUCUCUGCUAGAUCAUAAUACCUUGAAUAAAUCUGGAAGCUGUCUCUCUUUCCUUAAAAUAUUCCCAAUCUAUUUCACUCCAGUUUCUAAUGGUCCUCCAGUGUGAAGCAGUAGGGGUUGUCAGCCAGAGUCUGAUGAAACAGAAAAGUCUACUUAAAAAACACAAAUGUGACUUACAGACAAUUCCUGGUUUUUGAAGGUUUGAAGGACAAAGACUAUGGUGCCCUCUGCAGGUCAGUGGAGGAGUGAAAAGAAAUGUGAAUACUGUGUAAAGGCUGAACAUUUACACUGUUUGUCUACUACUGCUACUUUGGGUGGAAAAGUGUUUAAAGUCCAAAGUGAAUAUAUACCUUUGUAAAUAAACAUUCAUGGUUAAAAAUAAUUUUAGGAUUGUAUUGUGUAAAUAUAACAUGGUGUAAAAGAGUGAAUAGAAAAAUAUCCAAUAAAAAUUCAAAUAUCAAAUUAUAAUUUGCCUUUGCCAUUUAGACUGCUAAUGUGGGGUUAACUAAUUCCAUAUUCUGUGAAGUAUAAAAUAAAAAUUGU